AUGUUAGCCUCGAAAACUGCAAGCUCAGUUACUAGAAGGGCAUUACUGAUUAGACAAACAUGUCGUCUAUAUACUUCCAAAUCCAGAAGUAACUUCGCAACCACAACGAGGGACACAACGUUUAAUCAAGCCAAUUUUGACGAAAGUCAGGUCCAAAAGACCCCAGUUGGUUCCAAGGCAAAGCAACUCUUCGAAUCCGGCAAGCCAAAAUUAACUCGUCUUUCUGUUGAUGGCCCUAUCGAGUGUCCUUUACAAAGUUUUCAACUUUUGAACUCACCAUUGUUUAACAAAGGCUCUGCUUUUACUCAAGAAGAGAGAGAAGCUUUUAACUUGGAUGCUUUGUUACCACCACAAGUGAAUACUCUGGAUGAGCAGGUGGAAAGAGCUUACAAACAGCUUUGUUAUCUGAAAACACCAUUAGCCAAAAAUGAUUUCAUGACCUCAAUGCGUGUUCAGAACAAAGUUCUUUAUUUUGCGUUGGUAAGAAGACACAUUAGAGAAUUAGUUCCCAUCAUUUAUACGCCAACCGAAGGUGAUGCUAUUGCAGCAUAUUCUCAUAGAUUCAGAAAACCUGAGGGUGUUUUUCUAGAUAUCACAGAGCCCGAGUCUGUUGAAAGAAGACUAUCUGUUUAUGGAUCAGAUAAAGAUGUUGAUUACAUCGUUGUUUCAGAUUCGGAAGGUAUUCUUGGUAUCGGUGAUCAAGGUAUCGGUGGUAUUCGUAUCGCAAUUUCAAAGUUAGCAUUGAUGACUCUUUGUGCGGGUAUUCACCCAGGACGUGUUAUGCCAGUUUGUCUUGAUGUUGGUACAAAUAAUAAAAAAUUAGCACGUGACGAACUAUAUAUGGGUAACAGAUUUGCAAGAGUCAGAGGUAAACAGUAUGACGAACUUGUUGAUAAGUUUAUUAAAGCUGUCAAGAAAAGAUUCCCAAAUGCUGUUUUACAUUUCGAAGAUUUUGGUGUGAAAAACGCUAGAAGAAUUCUUGAUAGAUAUCGCAAUGAAUUAUCAUGUUUUAAUGACGAUAUACAAGGUACAGGUGCUGUUGUUAUGGCUUCGUUAAUCGCAGCUCUAAAACACACCAAUAGAGAUCUAAAUGAUACUAAAGUUAUUGUUUACGGUGCAGGAUCAGCUGGUUUAGGUAUUGCUGAUCAAAUUGUUAAUCAUAUGAUUACACAUGGUUUAACAAAAGAAGAAGCUCGUUCAAAGAUUUAUUUGAUGGACAGACGUGGUUUAAUUCUAUCGUCCCUACAACAAACCUCUACCAACGCGCAACACGUUUAUGCAAAGGAUGAUAAAGAAUGGGAAGGUUGUAAUACAAAAUCCUUAUUGGAUGUUGUGUCAAAGGUCCAACCAACUUGUCUGAUAGGUUGUUCAACGCAAGCUGGAGCUUUCAACAAAUCAAUUGUUCAAGAAAUGUAUAAGCAUAAUCCAAGACCAAUUAUUUUCCCAUUAUCAAAUCCAACAAGAUUACACGAAGCUGUUCCAGAAGAUUUAAUGCAAUGGACAGAUUUUAAUGCUUUAGUUGCUACAGGCUCACCAUUUCCUCCAGUUAAUGGAUAUCGUAUAUCUGAAAAUAACAACUGUUUUUCAUUCCCUGGUAUUGGUCUAGGUGCAGUUUUAUCUCGUGCAACAGUUAUUUCUGAUAAAAUGAUUUCAGCGGCUGUUGAUCAAUUAGCAUCACUUUCGCCACUAGAAGAAGGUAACUCAAAGCCGGGCUUACUGCCACCUUUAGAAGUUAUUCAAGACACUUCAUCAAAAGUUGCUGCAGCUGUGAUUUUGCAAGCACUAAAUGAAGGUGUUGCCCGUAUUGAAGAUGAAGAAGUUCCUGGUUUACCAGGCAAAAAGGUCCAAGUUCCACGUGACUUUGACAAAUGUUUAACUUGGGUGAGAAACCAAAUGUGGGAACCAAUUUAUAGACCAAUGAUCAAAGUCAAUCAUGAUCCUUCGAUUCAUACUCAUCAAAUUUAA